AUGGGAGAUCCUCACUUUGAUUCAUCUUUUGCCAUCAAUGGUUUACCUUUGGAUCUCCUAAACGAGAUUCUCCUCAAAUUAGAACCCAAAACUCUCGCCAUGAUGCGAUGCACGAAUAAGUAUUUCCAAUCGUAUCUAUCUGACCCCGCCGAGAACUGCAUUUUAUGGGCUAGAGCUAGAGCUAGACCUAGUUUCUUUGACAUUUCCAUGACGUGUGUCGGUUUCGCGGUAAAUCGAAAUCGAACCACCAUGACAUUCAAGAUUGUCUGCAUACUCGAGAUGGAAACAAUGGAAACAGUGUACGGAUUCGAGAUCAGCGACGGAGACUCAUGGAGAUUAUCGGAAACAACCAUCACCGAUAGAUCAAACAGUUUUCUCUUGGGAAUGAAACCCGUUUACUUGGACGGCACUCUUCACUGGUUGAGAAAUGACGGGAGCAUCGUAGCUUUUAAUCCCGAGACAGAGCAAGCACGCUUCAUUCCUCUCAUAUUCCAUCGUGGAGAUCCCGAGACAGAGCAAGCACGCCCGAAGAUGCUUAUCGCGGAAGACAGUAAGAAAAAUAGCUUGACCUUGUUAUCAGGGACGAAAGAAAAUAUCGCGGUUUACACACUACUCGGGGAUUCAAAGUGGGCUCUCGCCAAGCAGAUCAAGAACAUGCCUAUCGACGAAAGAGAGGAUGCCUUCUGGGACUUGGUUGCGUACGAUGGCAAGUGUCUUGUGGUGAGAGAUAUAAAGAUGGAUAAUUUCGAAAAAGUGGUUUAUGUGUGCGACAUUGAAGCUAACAGCUGGAGAGUUUUGGGGUCAGCUCGCGUAUGUAAGCACGUUAGCCACCAAUACUUGUAUAAGAUUACGCCCUCUUUGUUCUUUGUCGAAGAGGAUAAGCAACAUAAGGUGGUUGUAGCAUCUAAUGACAAACAGAUCUCCUAUCUAAAUGAUAUUAUGGAACUCAUUGAUAUAACCAAGUACUAA